AUGGACAGCCCGCGACUCGUCACCGGAUCUCCGCCUAUCGCGAUUGCCGCGCUUGUUCUGCUGACAGCAUUGCUGCUCGCAGUGCCGCGAUCGGCGGCGGACGGCGCGGAGAACUCGGACGUGCUGGAGCUCACGCCGGCGAACUUCUACGAUCACGUGGGAGGCGACUCGGUCACAUUCGUGAAGUUCUACGCUCCCUGGCGCGUCCCGCCCGUGAUAAUGCGUGCUGUAUCUCAUGAUGACGUUAUCCCCGGUCUCGUUUCUGUUAGCGGAUCGCUGCGAAUUCUUAGCAGGUGCGGGCACUGCCAGCGCCUGGCGCCGGAUUGGGAGAAGGUGGCGACGGCAUUCAAAGACUCCGACGCCAUCCGCAUCGCCAAGGUGGACUGCCAGGCGCACGCGGAGCUGUGCGUGGACUGCCAGGCGCACGCGGAGCUGUGCACCAAUCACGAGGUCCGCGGAUACCCCACGCUCAAGUGGUUCCCCGCUGCUGGCCAGGGGGGAGCGGAAGACUAUGGAGGGGACAGGAAGGCCAAUGUUUUCGUGGAUUUUAUCAACAGUCGACUCGGUGAGUGGGUGGCAGGCUUGGUGAGUGGUGGGCGGCAGGAUUGGGCGAGUGGGCGGCAGGCUUGGCGAGUGGGCACCAAGGGCAGGGUGGAGACGGAGCAGGAGUCGCGGGUGAUGGAGCUGACCACGUGGGCGUUCCCCUCGGUCAUGCUGGACGACACCAAGCACCUCUUCACCUACUACUAUGAUGCUGCGUGUAAGCCUUGCAAGGAGAUGACCAAGACCGUGGAGAAGCUAGCAAACAUCUUCAAGGGCGAGCAGAGCAUUGUGUUCGCCAAGGUGGAUGCCGACAACAAUGGCAUGCUCGCGCACAGGUUCAAGAUCACAGAGUAUCCGUUUUUCAAGUUCUUCACCAAGACAAACAAGUAUGGCGAGGACCUCAAGGGCGACCCGCUCCCCACGCUCACGGAUCUCGUGCACUUCGUCAACCAGUGGACCGGCACCACACAGUCCGCCUCUGGGGUGCCUCUGGAUAAGGUGGGCCGCAUUGCUGAGCUGGACGCGAUGGCGGGAAGCUUCGUGGAAGCGCCGGAGGCGGAGAAGCAGGGGUUGAUGGAGCGGGCGAUGGGAGUGGUGGUGGCGCCCGAGCUGGAGGAGAGUGGUGGUGGUGGUGGCGAUGGGAGUGGUGGUGGUGGUGGUGGCGAAGGGAGUGGUGGUGGUGGCGAUGGGAGUGGUGGUGGUGGUGGUGGCGAUGGGAGUGGUGGUGGUGGUGGUGGCGAUGGGAGUGGUGGUGGUGGUGGUGGCGAUGGGAGUGGUGGUGGUGGUGGUGGCGAUGGGAGUGGUGGUGGUGGUGGUGGCGAUGGGAGUGGUUGUGCGCCCGAGCUGGAGAGUUGGGGGGGAAAGCAGGGAGUAGAGGAGGGGGGGAAUGGCGGGCGAGUGGGGCAUUGGGGUGCGGGUGAUGGGGAUGGUGGUGGCGCCUGCCAUGGAGGAGUGAGUUCAGGGGGGGAGGAGGGGAGGAAGGAGUGGGUGGGGCAUAAGGGUGCGGGCGGUGGGAGCGGUGUGACCCUGACAUGGAAGCACGGGGUGUUUUAUCAGAAGGUGAUGAGGAGCAUAGUGGAGCAGGGCGAGGAGCACGGGGUGUUCUAUCAGAAGGUGAUGAAGAAUAUUGUGGAGCAGGGCGAGGAGUAUGUGAGCAAGGAGCAUGCCCGCCUCUCCAAGCUGCUCGCAGGGUCCCUCAAGCCUGACAAGGUGGAGAAGCUUUCGGCUCGCCGGAACAUUCUGGAAGCUUUCAGCAAGCCGUGA